AUGGCGCCCACAGUCAACCCUGCAUCGAGCAGAUUGUUCGAGCCAAUACAAGUGGGCAGGAUGAAGCUCAGCCAUCGCAUUGUGUUCCCUCCUUUGACACGCAACCGCAAUGAUGAUGAUCACACCCCGCUGCCGUUUAUGGCUCGGUAUUAUGCCGACCGUGCGUCGACGCCAGGAACACUGGUGAUCUCCGAAGCGACUGCGGUUUCUCAUCUUGAGGAGGGCCAGGAUAACACUCCGGGCUUUGUUAGUGACCGUCAGAUUGUGGCUUGGAAAACGAUCAUCGACGCGGUCCAUGAGAAAGGGUCCUACUACUUCCAGCAGGUCUGGGGCAUGGGCCGGGCCUCUUAUCCAGAGCUAAUGAGGCGCAAAGGACUGAAGUACCGUUCGAGCAGCGCGGUUCCGAUGGAAGGUGUUGAUGCGGUCCCUGAGGAAAUGACGGAGGAGGAUAUCGUGGAGACGAUUCAAAGCUUUGCCGAUACUGCUAAGCGAGUCAUCGCCGCCGGGGGUGAUGGGGUGGAGGUGCACUGCGCCCAUGGCUAUCUUCUCGAUCAGUUUCUCUCUGAUGCAGUCAACAAGCGCACCGACAAGUGGGGUGGAUCCACAGAGAACCGUGCAAGGCUAGUCCUGGAAGUCAUCAAGGCAGUCGUGGAUGCUGUUGGUGCUGACCGAGUCGCCCUCCGACUAUCCCCCUAUGCAGCCUUUCAGCAAGCCGAGAAAGGGGACAUCCACGGACAGUACCUCUACCUUAUUGCGCAGUUAAAAACGACGGUGCCGCCUCUUGCUUACUUGUCUCUUGUGGAAGCAACGGGGGACCCCGGCGCAUUGAUCUUUGGCGGCAAAGCCGUCAACCAGGGGAAGACCUUGGACUUUAUUCUGGAAGCCUGGGAUAAUCGGUCUCCGGUAAUUGUCGCGGGGGGUUACCAUCCCGAGACGGCCGCCUGGGCUGUAGAGAAGCGAUACAACAAGUGGAAUACAUUAGUUGCUUUUGGUCGCCAUUUUCUGGCAAAUCCCGAUCUGGUCUUCAGGAUUCGGCAUAAGAUUGAGCUGAACAAGUACAACCGGCCAACCUUCUACCUGGCAAAGAAUGAAAUUGGCUACAAUGAUUACCCGUUCAGCAAAGAGUAUCUGGCCGCUCAGCAACGUCAGUUUCCCUCUUCUCUUUCAUGCUUUCCUGAAGGUGGUGGGUAG